AUGUUAACCGCCAACUCAUGUGCUUCGGCACUUAUAUGGGGAUGUGUUCUACUCGGUGUGGGCAUAUUCACAUUGCAAAAUGAUAUUAAAGAAAUUGCUUAUCAAGAUUCACUUUGUAUUUGUCGAACUUAUUUUAACUAUGCUUCACCUGCUCUAUUCCAUCAUUCAAAGUUAUUACAAGCAAUCUAUGGAUACGCUACUGUUGUUUAUCCACAUCGUUUAUUCUGGCAAUCAGCAAAAUGUCAACUUUCAGCUAUUUGCUUAAUAUGGAUAUAUUGUUGGAUAUAUCCUCUUGGAUUUAUGUUCUCUAGUGAAAUGCACUAUAUUUAUAAUGUUGACAAUCAAAUCUGUCAAUUACGUCUUCGAUUAUCUUUUCCUCGGAUUUAUGCAGUGUGUUGCGUUUAUAUAAUUCCCAUGUCAAUCAUUAUGUUGAUAUAUUUUAAAUUAAUUCGAUAUGUUCAUGGAAUGAGCAACCAUACUACACCAGCAAAUACAUUAUUACGUGCAAAACGUCAAUUAAAAAUGGUUCAAAGUAAAGUUAAAAUUAUCACUAUAUUAUUAAUACUUAGUUUUCCUUAUGUAUUAUUUCUAUUAAUAUCAUUUUUCACUACUCCGCCAAAAUAUCAUUUUCGAAUUGCUUAUAUCUUUAUCGAUAUAUCAAUGGUAUGUGUAAUAGUUGUUUCAUUUCAAUUCACUGAUCCAUUGAAAGCAUCGAUAAUGAAAAGAAUACAACGAUCACCGAGUACGACGGUACCGGCAAUAACGUGA